UGAGCCAGGUAAGAAGUAAACUUAUGCGGGUCUCUUCAGCACUUCAGCUGUUCCUUGAAGGAAGCCGACCCUGUUGCCCACGCAACAAGCACACGCACACCUCUCUGCUAAGCUGUUUGUGUUAUUAUUUUCCCAACCACUGGGAAACCACUUAAAGAAACACCGGCUUGGAAAUGGAAGCCAAGGAUCCUACUGGAAAAGAAAGUGCAGGGGUUAGGAAAAAGAACCUGACUUUCCUCAAGCAGAGAUUGUACAUGCUGGAGAGGAGGAAGACGGAUACGGUGGUGGAGAGCAGCGUCUCAGGAGACCACAACAGCAACUCUGCAACCUUGAGAAGGAGCCAGUCAGACAGGACUGAAUACAACCAGAAAUUACAAGAAAAGAUGGCACCCCAUGCAGGAUCCGUAGGACCAGUCGAUUUACCCCUAGAAACUGAAGAACAGCUGAUUAAGCGAAUGAUGUCCAGAAGGCAAAAGAUAAUUGCAGAAAUACUCCAAACAGAAAGAGAUUAUCUUAGUGAUCUGGAACUCUGCAUUAGAAUAGUGGUUGAGCCCUUGAAAAAAAGGCAGAUUGCUCGACUUGAUGUGGACAGCUUAUUUAGCAACAUUGAAUCGGUCCAUGAAAUAUCAUCCAAACUGUUGUCAUUGUUGGAAGAAGCAACAUUAGAUGUGGAACCAGCCAUACAAAUAAUUGGUCAGGUAUUUCUACAGAUUAAAGAUGUACUAGAAGAAGCAUACAAAAUCUACUGUUACCAUCACGAUGAUGCUCAUCUUCUUCUGGAAUUCUAUGAAAAGGAUGAGGAAUUGAAACAAUGUAUAAAAGACUGUCUACAUUCCUUGAAAAAGAUAUAUGAAGAAGGGGGAAAACCAAAUCUAUUGGAUAUGGGAUCUUUGAUGAUCAAACCAAUACAACGUGUCAUGAAGUAUCCUUUGUUAUUGUGUGAGCUCUUGAAUGCCACUCCUAAGUCUCACCCCGACCACAAAGCAUUGCAGGAUGCCUUGGUUGCUAUGAAAGAUAUGAAUAUGAAUAUAAAUGAACUUAAAAGGAGAAAGGAUAUAGUGCUUAAAUAUAAGAAGAAUGAUGAAGAUGAAUCUUUGAAGGAUAAAUUUUCAAAGUUAAAUAUUCACUCAAUUAGUAAAAAGUCCAAGAGAGUGACUGGUCACCUGAAGAUUCUGACAGGAGGAGAGCCUCAGGUGAAAGAUGAAGUUUUUAAUAAACAGGAGAAGUUAUUCAAAAGCUUAGAAAAGACGGUCAAACUAUGCAUGAAGAAUAUUCCAUUGUCUCUUCAGCAUUUAGAAGACUCUGUAUUUCUCGGAGCACAGUGCAUAAUUGAUCUUCAGGAUCUGCUACAUGAGAAUGAAGAUGGGGCAAACAGAUCUUCAGAUGCAUUGAUUAAUGCUGGGCAUCCCAGCAAACUGUUUCUGAAUCAAGUAGAGAAGUUGGUGUUGACUCCAUUGACUACACUACACGCUCUUUUCCUCAGUCCCCAGAAGCUCAUACAAAAGCGUUAUGACAAACUUCUGGAUUACAGUAGCUUGUAUCAAAAGGCUUCAGGGGAUGAUACUGACCUGGCCAGGAAAGAAUAUGAGGCCCUCAAUGCACAGCUGGUGGAGGAGCUCCAGCAGUUCAAUGAAGCAGCAAAGAAAAUUGUGACCAGUUGCCUAUGUUGUCUCAUCACUCUCCUGAAAGACAUGAUGUCAUCGGCCUCACAGUCCUUUUCAACCAAUGAAUCCCAGUUGCUAGCCAUUAAACCGGAGAAAUCUUCUCCAACUAUCAGUGAAAUACAGGAUCGGGUUCUUGAAGAUGUUCACAAUUUGAAUUGUAUCAAGGAAAACCACUGUGUAACUUUUAUUGAAAGAAAACUGAGUUUUGAAAAAAAGAGGCCUGUCUCUCUCCAGCCUGAAUUUCCCCGCCAGAAAGAAGCCCACCGGUUGAUGCUACUUUCUAUGUACAAUGUGGACUUGCUAUACGAAGCCAAGCGUAAAUGCAAUGCCACACAGGAAUUGGAUAUUGAUCUUUAUGAAGGAGAGGUGGUGGCUCUCAUAGACCAAAAGGAUCCUUUUGGCUGUACAAGCAGGUGGCUUGUUGAUACUGGAAUUCUUAAAGGAUACGUUUAUUCUUCCUUCCUGAAACCCUAUAAACCGGCCAAGGCACCAAAAAAUCCUGGGGAAAUCCAUUUCUGUGAUGGUGACUUUGAUAAUAUCAGCCUUUUUAUCUCUUCACGACAAUCGGAUGACAACAGUACAAAACCCACAGGACACAAAAGAAGUGGCAGUGACUCUUCCUAUAAUAGCCUGGGUGAAAAAGAAUCUGUGAAUGGCUCAGAAUGGGACAGCUUUUGUGAAACAGAUGAGCAACACACUUUCUAUGCUGUUCAUGCAUUUCAAGCAAGGAGUAAGCAGGAACUCAGUCUUCACGAAUAUCAGCGAGUUCAAAUCCUUCGUUUUUCGGACCUAAGUGGCAAUAAAGAAUGGUGGUUAGCUGAAGCUGAAGGACAAAAAGGAUAUGUGCCAGCUAAUUAUCUUGGAAAGAUGACAUACACAUAAAUAUCAGAUUUAGUUUACGGAAUAAAUUCUCAGAGCCAGAAGUGAUAUUGUGAUAUUAUCACCCAUGAAUUUUUGUGCCUUAAAAAAAUGCAAUAAGCUAAGAGCUUCUAAAAUCCGGAAUUGAAGUACUUGUGAAGAAGAAUUUUUGAUGGAAUAGGUAUAUUUGCUUUUACUUUUAAACUUUUGUCACACUGGACUGGAAAAGAACUCUCGUAAUGCCUUCCACAGAUUUCUGAGGCGUUUAAUUAUAUUGAACUCAUCCAGAGGUCCCCAAACCCCAGGCCGUGGUCUAUUUGGAACUGGGCCAUGCGAGCGCUUGAUUGUGCAAGUAGAGUGUGUGUCUGCACUUGCGUGCUGGCCUGUCGCUCAUGCAAGUUGAGCUGUGUGUGCAUGUUAGCCCACUAUUUAUGUGGGCUGUCACCGCCCAGCUGGGCUGCCAAACUGCAAAGGUUGGGGAUCGCUGAGCUAAAUCACCUAUAACAUCUCAUGACAUAAAAAUCUCAUGACAUAAUAAUCUAGUUCAGGGGUCUUCAAACUUGGCAAGUUUAAGACUUGUGAACUUCAACUCCCAGAAUUCAUCUUCCAGUCAUGUUAGAUCAGGAAUUCUAGGAAUUGAAGUCCACAAGUCUUAAACUUGCCAAGUUUGAAGAUCCUUGAUCUAGUUGGUCCUUUAGGUGUCACAAAAUGUCUUGUUGGUCUUUGCUGUGAAAGCCUAACACAACUAUGCCAGCUAUAAGUUUAACUUUUGUAGAUUUGUGAAUUAACCAGGUUUGGGCAAGAACCUGCAUUGUCCAUAGAAUGUUCUUAGAAACAGUUUAGACUCGGGUGUAAGGAACUGAAGUAGUACAGAGAUGUUGAGAAAAUUCACUGGAGAUUUGUUGCACAUGGAAGUGCCUUUUUGGUUACACAAGACAUUUCUAGUUCCAAGUUUGUAAAGAUUUCAAGAACCGAAUGCACUUUUUGCUGACCUUUCAAUAGAAUAUUAUUUCUUAAUCUCAGAUUAAGAAUUGUAAUCUCAGAAUUGUAGCUCUGCUGAAAAUACCUCCUGAAACUUAUUUUAAGUGACAGCUGUUAGUCUCAAUGGAGAGAUAAAUACAAUUCUGUAUACACUUAUCAGGAAUUAUGCUUUAUAAGAAAUGGGAUCCAUUUCUUGUUUCAGAAUUGUAUUUUAAGGAUAAAUCCCACAAUAUUUAGCAGUGCUCGCUUCCAAUGAAGCAUCUGUAAGUUUAUACUGUGUCUACCUCCUCUGCAAUGGCACAGAGGACAUGUUCCCCAAGAGCGAGUAACAGGAUAGAGUUGGUGAUGAUGAAGCAAACUUAGGUGCCCCGGGAACCAAAGUUCUGGAGCACCGGAUCAAGACAGUCAUUAGAAUGAAAUCUCAAUAUUUUCUUUAAACCAGAUGUCUAAAUUAAUUCAAUAUUGUAUUGCCCCAAACCAUGCGGGUGAACUCCUGAAUUAAUACAAUAUACCCAUAAAUGAUAUCCAGGAUCCAAUCUGGGCUGGUCACCAGGACCAGAGGUUUUGUUUUCUGAGCUUAUCACAGAGAACCUCCCUGAGGUUGGGCUCCAGCACAAGUGCAAAAGCUCAGAAGAAAAAACCUCCGGUCCUGGUGACCAACUCAGAUUAGAUCCUGCAACAUUCUCUGGGACACUAAUGAUUCCCCCAGAUGCUUCCCUAGAUACAUCUCUAGAUGUCAGCUUGGGGGAGGAUGAAACAGUUCCUGGCAUGGCAGGAGCCAAGUUGAUUGAUGGCUCCAAGCCGCUGUCUGUGCUGGAUUUGGCUGAAUAACAGCUGCAACAGAACAAUCCUGAGGCUCCAGUUGGGGAAGGCAAGCAGCUGCAGCUGGUCAGUGAUGAGGAAGAGGAGCUGCCUUCUGCGCAUGAUCCAAAAACACAUAGGGCAGAGAAAAGGCAGGAGCAGAGGUCAGCCAGAUGCACUGCACUGAAAGUGGGCUAUUUAGCACAGCAGAUAGAUGGAGGCGAUGCUGGGAACAUUUGUUUCCUAGGUGUGUGUUUUCUGGUCAUUGAUUCCUGCCUCACUUUGGUUUGACACCAUGCCUUGACUUGGAUCUUGCCUUGGAAACUCUGGACUUUUCUUGCCUUGUGACCUGCCUUGUGUUGUGGAUUUAAAUUUGCUGGGUGGCUUUGCUUGAGAAACUUUCAAGUGUCUUGUGGACUCUUUGGCCAUUGCUCCAUGGAUUAGCAUUGGUCUGCUUGUGGCUGGACUUAAUUGGGACAGUUCUGGGUUUUUAAUGAAGGGAAUUGCUUGGAAAUAAUAAAUUCAUUAAACUGGUUACUUGUGUGAGAGUGAGUGGGACAGCAGUCACAUAUAUUGUAUUUGCCUUAAUUCAUGAUAAAUGAUAUCCUCCUAGGCAAUUUCCAAAUCAUUUAAAAAUAAAAAUAUAAAAGUCACUAAAUCUGAUGCUGUUUCCCAUGUAUUAGGAACUAGUGAAGUAUAUGUCAGUAGAGUUUGAGGAACUCUUUAUAAAUGGUCUCUAGGAUCAAUCCUGUAAGUUUACAAACGGUUUUUAGAAUCAGUCUCAAUGUCCAGCAUGAGGCCGAAAACUUGGAAGAGUACAUCUCUGGUCCCAAUGAGCAACCCAGAUUGGCUCCUGCAACAUUGACCUGAGACAUGUAUAUUUGCAUUCAUUCAUGUCAGUCUCAGAUAUUUCAUUGCUGGGUUAUCAGCAAUGAGACUUUUUCAGUCACCCCUCAUAUAAUAAGGUGACAAAUAUGCCACAAUUGAUCUUUCUAUUGCUUUCUCUGAUUUCCAGAGACAUCUACACCUUAUUUGUGUGGUACAAAAAGCUUUUUUUUUACUUUGCAAUUGUGUGACUAAAAUGCAUCAGCACUGAUUUUUCUAUUACCAUAAGCAUCACUCCAAAGUUCUAAAUGUUUCCUGCCUUUCUAUGAAUAGUAAAGAAAGCCAGAAGUAAAUAUUGCUUUAAUUCUGCUUUUUGCAAUUGAUGCAGCUUAGUGAGGUAGCCCCUAAAUUGGGUACUCCUGCCUUGCCCAAUCUUUUUUUUUUAUGAUGAAUAGAAUCACUUCCUUUCGAAAUAUUUUACAUAUAAAAUCAUUAACAUGAUCUGCCAUCCAGAAGUACCUGAAUUGUGCAAGUGACUAAAAAUAUUGUACAGUGAAACUUUAUUUCACGCGACCAAAGAGUUGGUAAGCUAUUUUGAAUAAAUUUCUAGAAUUUACAGUUGGUGAUAUUGGCUAAAGUUUACAUUUCAAAUAGAUUGAAAACAUCAGCUUACCUGACUUCUAUAGAGCACAAGAGAAGAGAGAUUUUGGAGACUGUAUAUGCAAUAAUAUGGGAGAUAUUCUUCAGAAAGAAGUGUAACUUAAAAGAUUGGAUAUAAAUUGCAAAAUAGGACAUGGUCUUGCCAGCAAAUGUCAAGGAUGGAGCACACAUGUGAAAUGUCUGCUGUUCCUUCAGUAGAGUCCAGUACUCAUCCUCCUAGGAGAGAAGGGAUGACCACAGCUCUGAAGACUUUCAGCGUUCUGGAGAAAUGGAUGUUGUGUUGAUACAUUGGUGUCAGCCACCCUAGUGCUUGCCUUGCCUUGUUGAUCCCGAUUUCAAUUUCUUUGUUCAAAGACCCUUCACUUGAGAUGAUGUUUGCAAAGUAUAUUUGAAGUUGUUUACAUUUGUCAACUAAGUGUUAUCAACAGUGGUUCUAUAGUCUUGGGAUUUGGCAUAGGCUGAUCAGUAUUUCAGUCUUUCUCAGGCCAAAGCAGCAUCUGAGAAUUUGUUCAGGAUUACUGUCCUUCUGCCCCAGGACAAGGAGUGUACGGUCAUCAAUGAAGAGGAUUCCUUGAAUGACCCUACAGAAUCACUCAGGCGGCAUAGGUUUGCAUUCAAGUGGCAUAGGUCAAAAGAGGAAGUUUUCCAACCUGAUAUACAUACACUCCCUCCUUCAGACCCUGGACAGCAUGUGACAACAUCAAAUGAAGAACAGACUGAGUAGGAUUGGGACUAAUACACAACCUUGUUUAUUCCACUGGAAAUGGCAAAUGCAGCUAAUAUAGCACCAUUGUAGACAAACACCCCCCUAACACACACAAAUUUCUUAGCAUUCAUAAUGGUUUUGGAGAAGAGUAAAGCAUCAAAUAUAUUUUAAAAGGAUCAAUAUUGUUAAGUUGUAUUUAAUAACUGUAUUUAAUUAGAGCUAUGGUGCCUGGACUACAAACUCUAGUAGCCAUCUGGAUUUUUGUAGUUUUAAUUUAAUGAGAAAGAUACAAAUAAGGCAGCUUUUCAGCCAAUGGGACUUUUUACUAAUAUAUGAAUUCUUGUGAAUUCUUGUGAGUACACACAAGGGUGCCAAAUGAAAACAACAG